AUCAAGUUGAUCUUCUUAUGGCACUGAUAAGUUGUCUUGGACUUGUUUAUUGUGCUCGCGCGCAUGCAAUGAAGGAAAUAAUUACAAUCAAUCAUCAGUAGCGUGGAAUAAACGUCGCGAAGCGGACGUGUGCCCAAGUGCAGUGAUAACUAUAAAAACAUGGGACUAUUAAAUUUGGAAGAAGAGGCUGGUAUUAGUAAUGAGCUGGUUUUCUUCGUCAAUGGUAAAAAGGUGGUGGAGCAAAAUCCAGAUCCAGAAUGGACGCUGCUUUGGUACCUCCGGAAGAAGUUGCGACUGACUGGUACCAAGUUGGGGUGUGCGGAAGGUGGCUGUGGAGCUUGUACAGUCAUGGUGUCCAAAUACAACAGGCGUGAUAGUAAAAUUGUUCAUUUGGCUGUUAACGCCUGUUUGGCACCAGUGUGCGCCAUGCACGGUCUCGCAGUAACCACAGUCGAAGGCAUCGGUUCCACGAAAACGAAACUUCAUCCAGUGCAAGAGCGAAUCGCUAAAGCACAUGGUUCUCAGUGCGGUUUCUGCACUCCCGGCAUUGUCAUGUCCAUGUAUUCUUUAAUGAGGAGCUGUAAUAAAAUCAAGUAUUCCGAUAUGGAAGUUGCGUUCCAAGGCAACCUAUGUCGAUGUACAGGAUAUCGAGCCAUUAUAGAAGGUUACAAAACAUUCAUUGAAGAUUGGGAAACCCAAAGACUUCAAAAUUCUCAAAAUACUGGCUGUGCUAUGGGCAAAGACUGUUGUAAAAAUAAGACUGAUCAAAAAGAGUCGAAAAGUGAAACUGAUUAUAUCUUUGAUAGAUCAUCAUUUCUACCUUACGACCCUAGUCAAGAACCAAUAUUUCCACCUGAACUUAAGUUAUCGAGUAUAUAUGAUAAACAAUAUUUAAUAUUUAAAGGAAAGAACACUACAUGGCAUCGUCCAACAGAAUUGACUUCAAUUUUGAAAUUAAAAGAGCAAUAUCCUAAUGCUAAAAUUGUAGUUGGUAAUACCGAAGUUGGUGUUGAAGUAAAAUUUAAACAUUUUAUAUAUCCGACUAUAAUAAUGCCGAACCUUAUUCCAGAAAUGAAUACGAUUACAGAAAAUGAUAACUGUCUAACAGUUGGGGCAGCUGUGACUCUAAUGGAUAUGGAUAAUAUAUUUAAGGAAUAUAUAGAAAAACUACCUCGAUACAAAACACGGACACUGAAAACAAUUAUUGAUAUGUUAAAUUGGUUUGCCGGUAAACAGAUAAGAAACGUCGCAGCAUUGGGAGGAAACAUCAUGACUGGCAGUCCUAUCUCCGACUUGAAUCCAAUUUUGAUGUCGUUAAAAGUUAAACUGAAUUUGAUUAGUAAACAUCACGGUCAUCGAUCUGUUUUGAUGGAUGAAAAGUUCUUUACAGGUUAUAGGAAAAAUGUAGUUAAGCCUGAUGAAAUCUUAGUUUCGAUAGAAAUACCAUUUUCAAAUAAAUAUCAGUAUGUGAAAGCUUUGAAGCAAGCAAAAAGGAGGGAAGAUGAUAUAUCCAUCGUUACUGCUGCAAUAAAUGUGGAGUUCUAUGAUAAAACAAACGUAAUAAAAAAUAUCGAUAUUGCUUAUGGUGGUAUGGCUCCUAUGACUGUGCUAGCUACAAAUACAAGUAGAUCACUAAAAGAGCAAAAGUGGAAUGAAGAAUUGCCUGAAAAAACUUAUUCACAUUUGAUAGAAGAACUUCCACUCGAUCCUUCAGCUCCAGGAGGUAAUAUACAGUUCAGAAGAGCUCUUACUAUGAGCCUGUUUCUGAAAGCUUAUUUAGCUAUUGCAAAAGAAAUGUGUCGAGAUUAUUAUAUAAGUGAUAAUAUUAUAAAACCAUAUCAUAGUAGUGGUGCUGACCAAUUUCAUGGUAGCAUGCCAAAAAGUUCGCAAUAUUUUGAAUUAGUAGGAGAUAAGCAAAUUAAAACCGAUAUGGUUGGAAGACCUAUUCAACAUAUGUCAGCUUACAAGCAAGUCACAGGCGAAGCGAUAUACUGUGACGAUAUACCUACAGCUGAAAAUGAAUUAUAUCUGGCUUUCGUUCUAAGCACUAAAGCCCACGCGAAUUUGAAAUCAGUGGAUCCCGAAGAAGCUUUGAGAGAACCUGGCGUUGUUGCAUUUUUUUCAUACAAAGACUUGACUGCAGAACAAAAUAAAAUUGGUCCAAUAUUUCAUGAUGAAGAACUCUUUAUAAGCAAAAAGGUUACUAGCCAGGGACAAAUAAUAGGAGCGAUCGUAGGAGUCGAUCAGGCAACAGCUCAAUCUGCUGCAAGAAAAGUAAAAAUUGAAUACGAGGAGCUUCAACCGAUAAUCGUUACUAUGGAAGAUGCUAUUAAGCAUAACUCAUUCUAUCCACAAUAUCCAAAGGUAAUAAGAAGAGGGGACGUCAAAUCAGUUUUUGAAGAUAAAAAUAAUAUAAUUGUCGAAGGGCAAUGCCGAAUGGGUGGACAAGAGCAUUUUUAUUUAGAAACGCAUGCAGCUUUUGCGAUUCCUAAAAAGGAAGAUGAUGAAAUAGAAAUAUUUUGCUCUUCGCAACAUCCUUCAGAAAUAGUGAAACUUACCAGCCAUAUUCUACAUGUUCCAAUGAAUAGAAUUGUCGCUAGAGUGAAGCGCAUGGGUGGAGGUUUUGGAGGUAAAGAGUCUAGGGGUAUACUUACAGCUCUGCCAGUUGCGUUAGCAGCUCACAAACUUCAGAAACCAGUGCGUUGUAUGCUCGACCGUGAUGAGGAUAUGUUGAUGACUGGCACCAGGCAUCCCUUUUUGAUUAAGUACAAAGUAGCAGCGUCAAAAGAGGGUAAAUUGAUGGGGGCUAUUGUUAACAUUUACAACAAUGGAGGUUAUUCAAUGGAUUUGUCUGGCGCUGUAGUAGAAAGAGCAAUGUUCCAUUUCGGAAAUGCUUAUUAUAUACCAAACGUUGAAGUUACUGGACAUGUAUGUAAAACUAAUUUGCCUUCUAAUACUGCAUUCCGCGGAUUUGGAGGACCACAGGGAAUGUUUGGCGCGGAGAAUAUGCUAAGACAUGUAGCUGCUGUUCUUGGGAAGAAUCCUGAAGAUCUUAGCAAACUAAAUUUGUACAGAGAGAAUUUAGUUACACACUAUGGGCAAACUUUGACACACUGUACACUACAGAGAUGUUGGGACGAAUGUGUUGAAAAGAGUGGUUUCGUUGAAAGAAAGAAGAAUAUCGAAUGUUUCAACAAGUACGUGUAUUGUGCUUUUUAAAACGAGCGUGUCUUUCGUGUUCAUUAUGAUUUUUUUAAAUUUAACAAAUUUAUUUUUAGACAACAUCGUUGGCGAAAACGGGGAAUUACUAUUAUUCCUACUCAAUUUGGUAUAGCGUUCACGGAAAAAAUGCUAAAUCAAGCGGGCGCUUUAGUAAUGAUUUACGUAGAUGGAUCAGUACUGGUAUCACACGGCGGUACUGAGAUGGGGCAAGGGUUACACACAAAGAUGCUUCAAGUCGCUUCGCGUGUUCUCGGAGUCGAUAUUUCAAAAAUCCAUAUUAGUGAGACUGCUACUGAUAAAGUACCAAAUACUUCAGCGACAGCGGCGAGUGCGGGAUCCGAUCUAAAUGGAAUGGCGGUGCUCGAUGCGUGCCAGAAGCUUGUGAAACGCCUACAACCGUUCAAAGAAAAGAAUCCUAAUGGCAAAUGGGAAGACUGGAUCAUUGCUGCUUACCUUGACAGAGUCAGUUUAUCCGCAACUGGAUUCCACGCAACUCCAGACAUUGGAUAUGAUUUUAAAACUAAUACCGGUAAACCUUUCAAUUAUUAUACUUUCGGUGUAGCAUGUUCGGAAGUGGAAAUCGAUUGUCUAAGUGGAGAUCACCAAGUGAUAAGAACCGAUAUAGUUAUGGAUUUGGGUGAAAGUAUAAAUCCAGCUAUAGAUAUUGGUCAAAUAGAAGGUGCAUUUGUUCAGGGAUAUGGUUUGUUUACAAUGGAGGAAUUGAUUUAUUCUCCUACCGGUACAUUGUAUUCGAGAGGUCCUGGUGCCUACAAAAUACCUGGCUUCGGUGACAUACCUCAAGAGUUUAACGUUUCGUUGUUGAAGGGGGCUCCGAAUCCGAGGGCAGUGUAUUCUUCAAAGGCUGUCGGUGAGCCACCUCUAUUUCUGGCGAGUUCCGUGUUUUUCGCAAUCAAAGAGGCUAUAAAGGCAGCAAGAAUUGAGGCGGGUGUGUCUCCUGAAUUUGACCUUGAAUCGCCGGCGACAUCAGCGAGGAUUCGUAUGGCUUGUGAGGACCAUAUUACUAAAAAGCUUGAUAAGCCGAACCCAAAUAGUUUUACACCAUGGAAUGUUGUUCCUUAACUAUUGGUUAUUCUAUUUGUUACAAGUUGAUAUUAGUUUUAUAUAACAUUAGUUCCAAAAAAGUUUUACAGUGAUUUUAUUAUUUAGAAAAUUUAACACUUAAUAUUUGUA